CCCUUCUCUUGAGGCUCAAUGGCUAACGGUAAAUGAACUUGUUUCAUUUCUUUCUCUUCCUCCAACCUCAAAAUUUUGUGCUUCAUGUGUUUGCAGUUGUCAAUAACCAAAUCCAGCCUAUCAACGUGAUCAGGCGAGGCAGCUUUCCUAUAGACUUCGUAUUUGGCACAGCAUCUUCAGCUUACCAGUAUGAAGGUGCUGCCUUUAGGUAUGGUAAAGGGCCAAGUACAUGGGAUACCUACACUCACAAAUAUCCAGAGAGAAUUAAGGAUCGUAGCAAUGGAGAUGUAACUGUUGAUCAGUAUCAUCGCUAUAGAGAAGACGUUGCCCUCAUGAGGAGUAUAGGUUUUGAUGUUCAUAGAUUCUCAAUCUCUUGGUCCAGAAUUUUGCCGACGGGAAAGAUUAGUGGGGGUAUGAACGAAGAUGGAAUAGAUUACUACAAUAAUCUCAUCGAUGAAAUGCUUAAAUAUGGCAUCCAACCUUAUGUCACACUUUUUCAUUGGGAUGUUCCUCAAGCUUUAGAAACCGAGUAUGGUGGCUUCUUGGAUCGUCAAAUUGUAGAUCAUUUUCGGGACUUCGCUGAUCUUUGUUUCAAAUUGUUUGGUGGAAAAGUGAAGCAUUGGAUAACCUUGAAUGAACAGUACAUCUUCACCUUCAAAAGUUAUGUAAUGGCAGAAUACGCACCUGGUAGAGGUGCAGAAUGGGAUCCAUGUCGCUAUCUUGCUGGUAAUUCCGGCACCGAGCCAUACAUUGUUGGUCACAACCUAAUUCUUGCACACGCUGCGGCUGUCAAUGUUUACAAGACCAAAUAUCAGGCAGACCAAAAGGGUUUGAUUGGCAUCACAUUGGAAUCAACAUGGUAUGUGCCAUAUUCAGAUUCUGAGGCGGAUAGAAGAGCUAGAGAUCGGGCUUUUGAUUUUUCACUUGGUUGGUUCUUGCAUCCACUCGUUUAUGGCGAUUAUCCACAGAGCAUGAGAACUUUGGUGGGGAGGAGGUUGCCCAUAUUCCCAAAGGAAGCAAGCAUGUCCAUCAUAAACUCCUUUGAUUUCCUUGGCAUAAAUUAUUACACAGCUAAUUAUGCAAAAGACAAUCCCAGCAACGUUUAUCCAGGCCAAAGCUACUUGAAUGAUAUUCAUGCAACUCUUUCAACUGAUCGUGAUGGAGUUCCAAUUGGUCCAAAGGUAGACCCAUCAUCUUGGCUAGCUGUUUAUCCAAAAGGAUUGAAAGGAGUGCUGACAUAUGUAAAGAAUAAUUAUAAGAAUCCAAUUAUUUACAUCACAGAAAAUGGAUAUCUCGACUUUGAUACCCACCGUGCUCAUGAUUUAAUACGAGACAAGGGUAGAAUCAAAUAUUUUAAUGACCAUCUCUAUUAUCUUAACGAAGCAAUGAAAGAUGGUGUAAGGGUACGUGGCUACUUUGCAUGGUCAUUAUUGGACAACUUUGAAUGGGCAAGUGGGUACACUAUACGCUUUGGUAUCACCUAUAUUGAUUUCAAGCACAAUUUGAUGAGAAUGCCAAAAGACUCCGCAAGAUGGUUCCACAACUUUCUAACGUCUUUUAAAUGAUAUACUAACCUUCCAUACUAUAUUGUAUGCACUAUUAUCAUUUUGUAUUUUGUUAUUGCACCCUUCUAGAGUACUUACAACUCGGAGAAGAUACUAAAUAAAUUGUAAUAACAAAUGCAUUUAUUUAACUUUAUGGUUUCUAUUGAUGGUAUGAAGUAAAAUAAUUUUCUCGUCU